AUGCUGGAAACUGAGGACUUGGUGCAGCUACGGAGGCGGAACAUGGAGCUCCUGAGGCAGCUGUGGGCUGGCCAGGAUGCUGUGCGGCGCUCUGUGGCUGAGGCAGUCUCUGAGUCAAGCCUGGACCCCAGCAGCAGCUAUGAGGCAGAAAUGCCAUCAUCCCAGCAGAUGACCUCAAUGACCUCGAGAGCCUCCUCCUCACUGGGUACCCUCCAAGAUGGCCCUGGUGAUCAGGCUUGGCCUAUCAGGACCAGCUCCCUGGCAGUCUCUCUCCCAACCCCCAAGUGCUCAUACCAGAAGUCCCUGAACCAACCGAGACCUCACUCAGCACCCUUGCCGGUCACUUCAGACUUCAAUGACCCAGAGCUUACGGCAUGGCUGGGUGGUCGGGGGCUCCAGGAGGCCCCGAGCUGCGUCCCGACUCCUCGACCUAACAAACCAUCCAAGCACAGAGUGACCUUCAGCCAUGAGCCCACAGUGCCUGAGUGGAGCUGGCGCCUUAGGCCGUACCUAGGCUACGAUUGGAUUGCAGGAUCUCUGGACAGCACCUCACCUGUCACCGGCAAGCCCAAGGCCUUCUUCUCGAAACUCCAGAAGUUCCGGGAGGUCAACAAGGAGGAGUGUAUCUCCAAUGACCCUGAACCCCAGUUUCUCAGCCUUCUUGAGAGCGGUGAUGUGGACGAGGACCAUGAAUGUGUGUACUGUUACCGUGUCAACCGACGUCUAUUUCUGGUACCUGCGGAUCCUGGCACCCCUUGUCGCCUGUGCAGGACUCCACGGGGCCAGCGUGGUCCUGAGACCCUGGCGGAGCCCGCGCAGGUCAGAGUGAGCAUCCCACUCUCCGUCCUGGAGCCCCCGCACCGCUACCGCAUCCACCGGCGCAAGAGCUUCGAUGCCUCCGACACACUGGCCCUGCCCCGGCAUUGCCUGCUGGGCUGGGACAUCAUUCCUCCUAAGCCGGAGAAAAGUUCAGCACCCAGGAACCUGGACCUUUGGUCCUGCAUCUCCUCAGAAGUCCAGCACCGGAAGCUGUCUGCCACCAGCCCUACCCGCCUGGCACUGCCAACGCGGGCUCCACCCCCUACCCCGAUCUGGUUAGAAUCCAGGUCACUCCGCUCUGCACCCCAUGGCAGCAGACCUGAGGACUGA